AAAGUUAGUCAUAUUAUUUGGUAAGUCAUAACAAGACAAGAUUCACGUCAUGGUAAUAUAAUAUUUUGUCGAGACAAAAUUCGUAUAGUAGUACUAAUCAAUACCCAUGUUGUAAAUAAUAUUUUAUAGGCUUCCCUCUUUAACAGAUAACUACUCAUAAUGAAAUGGGAAUAGAUAGUAGUAACGAUAAGUAUUUCCUAUUGUUUGUCACGAUGGAAUGUUACCAUACACGAAUUUUAUUUCAUUAUACCAAACAGUGUAAUUAAUGUUUGUUUGUAUAUGUUUAUGUAUCACCAUAAGCGUUCGUAGGUAUAUAUGUAAUAUACAGUUUCAUAAAUUUAGAUAUAUUUAAUAAUAUGGAAAAUAUUGCUCUCUUUAUUUCUACAUCUCCGCCAUAUUAUUUUUAUAUAUCAUUAAUACUUUUCCUUCCUAUUGUUCAGUAUACUAAAACAGUUUAGUUUCACGGUUUAAUCUUAAAACGCCAAGCCUUAAAUCAAUGGUUGUCAUUGAUUAAUUCUGUAAUUUACAACCUGGCUAUAUCUCGGCUGUAUCGUUUAAUAAAUGCUUACAACCUGCCUAUAACGCGAUUCACUUGUUAAAAAUGAAAUCCGAAGCCAUAGGAAACGUGCUUCCUAUCGAGAUACGACGAUUUAUACCGCGAUGACAACACGUCGACGCUCCUCGAAGAUACAUUGACUCGGGCGCUCGUGUCGCGUUCAGUCAGGUUUUGUUCGUUCGAGGAUCGGAAAGCUCAGUCCGCAUGCGUCACACGUCUCCCUGACGAGAAUUUAAACAAUUGUUCGCACGUUUUUCUGCACGAGUGGAAAAUUGACGCGCGCGCAAACGCUCUCGCUCUUCUCAUUGAGCUUUGAGAGAGAUAUACAGAUAUAUUAUAUGUGAAUGGUAUACUUGUUGAAUGAUCUUUGUUUGAUUAAGGAUCGUUUAACGGGAACCAGGAAAAUAGUAUCUUCUUUCUCCAUAAGGCUGCCUAACGAGUUGCUCCUUCUUAACAAGUUCUUUCGGUAACAAUCUCAAAUAAAUCUAAACAAAAAUAACAUUCUAAAAAAAAGGGACAAUAAAUAAAAAAAAAAAACGGGAAAGAAAAUAUAAGGAACCGUCCAUACGUCAUGCACGAUCUUACGAAAUUGGAUGGUGGCGACGACAGGCCCAACGUAUUUUUCAAGAGACAAGAUACACAGGCAUUCCGCGAAAGAACUAAGAGGGAUGCCCUGAACGAACUCCAACAUGAAUUAGAGAAGCUCGAAGAAAGCGCAACAGGGGAGGUCAAGGAGGAGUUCCAUCGACAGUUCGACGGCUUCACUCACCUCUUCAAACGGUUCCUCCAGGAGGAAGGACCUUCGCUAGAAUGGGAUCGUAUACAGAAGCUGCCCGACGAUGCGAUAAGAGAUUACAAUUCCUUGCCAACUCCGGAAGGAGAAGAAAUGAAGGCACUUUUAAGCAAGUUAAUCGUUAUAAAAUUGAAUGGUGGCUUAGGAACUAGUAUGGGAUGCCAUGGUCCUAAAUCUGUAAUAGCAGUACGUAAUGGGCUUACGUUCCUAGAUCUGACUGUACAACAGAUUGAGUAUUUGAACAGAACUUACAAUGCAAAUGUCCCGCUUAUUUUGAUGAAUUCCUUCAAUACGGAUGAUGAUACACAACGAAUUAUUAGAAAAUAUAAAGGAAUAGAUGUUGAUAUUCAUACGUUUAAUCAAAGUUGUUAUCCUCGUAUAAACAGAGAUUCUUUACUUCCGACUGCAAAACACUGUGAUGUUAAUGAUGACAUUGAAGCGUGGUAUCCUCCUGGUCAUGGAGACUUCUAUGAAAGUUUCAGAAAUUCAGGUUUAUUAAAAAAAUUUAUAAAAGAGGGGCGUGAAUAUUGUUUCAUUUCUAAUAUUGAUAAUCUAGGUGCUACCGUAGAUUUCAAAAUUUUGAAAUUACUGUUAGACAAACGUGAAGCUUCGCCUCUUGAAUUCGUUAUGGAAGUUACUGAUAAAACUCGAGCUGAUGUUAAGGGUGGCACACUAAUCAAAUAUGAGGAUAAGCUACGUCUACUUGAAAUUGCUCAGGUUCCAAAGGACCACGUAGAUGAUUUCAAAUCUAUAAAAACAUUCAAGUUUUUCAAUACAAAUAAUUUAUGGAUAAAACUCAGCGCUAUUGAAAGGGUACUUGAGAAGAAUUCCUUGAAUAUGGAGAUUAUUGUAAAUAAUAAGACCUUCUCGAAUGGUUUAAAUAUUAUUCAAUUAGAAACAGCUGUUGGAGCUGCUAUGAAAUCAUUUGAAGGGAGUAUUGGUAUAAAUGUUCCACGCAGUAGAUUCUUACCAGUGAAGAAGACUUCAGAUUUAAUGCUUGUUAUGAGCAAUUUGUAUAUUCUUCGCAAUGGUUCAUUAGUAAUGAGUCCUCAACGAAUGUUUCCUACAACACCUCUUAUAAAAUUGGGCGAUAAUCAUUUUUCAAAGGUUAAAGAAUUCCUUACUAGAUUUCCAGCUAUACCAGAUUUGUUGGAAUUAGACCACCUUACAGUAUCAGGUGAUGUUACUUUUGGAAAAGGUGUAACUCUAAAAGGAACUGUUAUAAUUAUUGCAAACCAUGGAGAACGCAUCGACCUUCCAGCAGGCACAAUUUUAGAAAAUAAGAUAGUUUCUGGAAAUUUGCGUAUUUUGAAUCACUAAAUAAUAUAUAAAAAGAAAGUUUAUCUGUUGCAUAAUAUAAAAAUCAAGAAAAAAUGCA